AUGGGUGGAAGAAACGAGGCUGUGAUCGCUGCUGCUCUACAGGUUGUGCAAAAUCAGCCUAAUGUUGGUGUGGUUGAUGAGUCUCGAGAGGCUGAUGACUGGUGGAUUAGCACUCAUCAGUGGCUGAAUGGUGCAAACAAAGAGAUUACGUGGGCUGGAGAUUUGUUAGUGGCCGAAUAUGCUGCUAAAUUCGUGGAAUUGGAAAAAUUAUAUCCUUAUUACAAUGAGGCGACGACUGGAUUUUCCAAGUGUGUUAAGUUUGAGAAUGGGUUUCACCCAAAAAUAAAGAAGGCAAUUGGGUAUCAGCAGAUUCAUAAAUUUCCAUAUUUGGUGAAUAGUUGCAGAAUUUAUGAAGAGGACAAUAAGUCUCACCGCGAGAUCAUAAGUGAGAAAAGAGGCAAGCAACAUCAGAUCCGUGGGAAGCCUUACAAUGCUCCAACUGGAAAAGGUAAAGAGAAAGCUACAGAUGGUAAGAGAACCAGUGAGGAAGGUGCUCCUGCGGACAUCGUAUGUUACAAAUGUGGAAAACCUAGUCAUCAAAGUAAUGCAUGCACUGGGGAGGUGAAGAGGCGUUUUCGUUGUGGUAAAGCUGGACAUGGAAUAGCUGAUUGUAAACACAAAGCGGCUAUAUGUUUCAACUAUAACGAGGAUGGACAGAUCAGUACUCAGUGUCAGAAAAUGAAAUAA